GCCGCGGCCAUUCCCCUUCCACCGCCCCUUGUGGUGCAGUCCCGCCGGCCAUGGGCGAGUGCCGAGGGCCGGCGGCGCUGCGGGAACCGGCGGGGCCGGAGCAGAGCUCCCCACCGAGUGCUGCUGAAAAUGGCUUGGACCUUGAUGAGGAGCCUCUUCUCAGGAAGAAUCACCGCCGCUUUGUCAUCUUCCCCAUCCAGUACCCAGACAUAUGGAAGAUGUAUAAGCAGGCUCAGGCCUCCUUUUGGACAGCAGAAGAGGUUGAUUUGUCAAAGGACCUUCCUCACUGGAACAAGCUCAAAGCAGAUGAAAAAUACUUUAUCUCUCAUGUUCUGGCAUUUUUUGCAGCCAGUGAUGGAAUUGUAAAUGAAAACCUGGUGGCACGCUUUAGUCAGGAGGUGCAGAUCCCAGAAGCUCGUUGUUUCUAUGGCUUUCAGAUUCUCAUUGAGAAUGUUCACUCAGAGAUGUACAGCUUGCUCAUAGACACCUACAUCAAAGACCCCAAGAAAAGGGAUUUCUUAUUUAAUGCUAUUGAAACAAUGCCCUGUAUCAAGAAGAAAGCAGACUGGGCUCUGAAGUGGAUUGAAGACCGAGAAUCCACUUUUGGUGAGAGAGUGGUUGCCUUUGCUGCAGUGGAAGGCAUCUUCUUUUCGGGUUCCUUUGCUGCUAUAUUUUGGCUGAAGAAGAGGGGCCUGAUGCCUGGACUGACUUUCUCCAAUGAACUUAUUAGCAGAGAUGAGGGUCUGCACUGUGAUUUUGCUUGUCUAAUGUUCCAUUAUUUAGUGAACAGACCGUCAGAAGAGCGAGUCCGUGAGAUCAUCAUUAAUGCUGUUGAAAUUGAGCAGGAGUUUCUGACAGAGGCAUUACCUGUAGGUCUGAUUGGAAUGAAUUGCACCUUGAUGAAGCAAUAUAUUGAAUUUGUCGCAGACCGGUUACUAAUGGAGCUCGGAUUCUCAAAGGUCUUUCAUGCAGAAAAUCCUUUUGAUUUCAUGGAGAAUAUUUCUCUGGAAGGAAAAACAAAUUUCUUUGAGAAGCGCGUUUCGGAAUAUCAACGUUUUGCUGUUAUGGCAGAAACAAUGGACAAUGUCUUCACUCUGGAUGCAGAUUUUUGAUAAAUAAAUAGUGACUGCUUCCUGCUCCUCGUUUCCCUUUCUACUGUGAAGUUGACUUAAUUUCAUCUCCUGGAAUCAGAGUCUACUGGGAUUUUUUUUUCUGGGUUUUUGUGUUGUUUGUCAGAGGAGUAAAUAUAUUUCUCUCUGUGUCAUUUGAAAAAAAAAAAGGAGGGGGAUAAUUUUUAAAAAAUUUAUAUGGCUUUGUAAAAAGAUGGCCUUUUUAAGAUUCCCCUGAUCAUCUGCUGUCAUUGCUGUCUUUAAAAAUUACCUGGAUACUACUACUUUUUUAAGACUUUGGUAGUGUUUUAAGAAAGCAAACUGCAUAUUUACCUCAUGUUAUGGUAUUUUAAUCUGAAAACCAGGUGAGGUAUCACUCUGUAUAAAUGUUGCAAUAAAUUAUUUUCAUGUUUAUAGAUUUGGUCUUGAGUAAAAGCUCUUCCCUUUCAUCCUGCUGCAGAUAAAGUAAUAAUUGAAUGGGGGAAGACAUUAUUCAGGUCGGAACUAUAAACCCAGGAAUAAAGUUUGAUCUCCCCUCUAACUUGGGUUUUGUCUGAAAACAGUUUUACUCUGGUUGAAAAGGUGAUGGCUCUUGGUAAGUGUUUAAUUCAAAUACAUGCAAAAUUUGUCUUACAGCUGUUAGAGCAAGUCAGUGGACUUUGAAUGAUCCUUGAAAAGGCAUACCUAUUAACAGAGGAGAAAAACCACAUCCUGUAGUUCUUUGGCUUGUGCAGUCUGUUUUUCCCUGCUUCACUGAUUAAGUGCCUUAUUAAGCAGUCUGUAGUUGUGCUGAGUUGUAAUCGGCAUCUGACACUGGAACAGCCACCUCUGGGUGUUGUCUAUCUUUCUCUGACAUGCUGGGGGAAACCUCGGUUUCACUUGUGCAUUGAUGGGGUGAGAAGACAUAUCCUUCCAAGGGAUUUUCCCUUGAGGUGCUACAAACAUACUGCUUGGGCAGUAAGGAAGCACCAAUAGUGUAUGAAGGUAAACCAAGUUGUGGGUUUAAUGUGAAUCAUUAGAACUGUUGUCACCAAAGAAGAAGGUAUUAAACCUUUCAAAAACAAUCCUUGAAGUAGUAUGGAUUAGCAGUAUUUUACGAAGGACUGUUGUUUGGUUUUUGGUGUGUUCCAGUGUGUGCCUGAAAGCUGUUUGUAAUUUUUUAACAUCACAUGCAGAGAAUGGAGCAACUGAAGAAUGGCUCACGUGCUGCAGUGAUACUUGGGGUGGAAGGAAUACUAUUCAGUUGUAGAUGGUUUAUCUGUGAAUAGACACGUUCAUUUCUUUUCAAAGGUGAAGUGAGUGUUUACACAAGCUAGACAAAGGAUUCUGCUUUAUUAAACCCAAGAGUUUUUCGUAAUGUUCAGCAUUUUGUGCGAGAGCUUUUAUAAGUCUUAUCAUUGCAAACAUCUUUUGCUGCUUUCGAUAGGCCUGGCAUGAGGUGAGCUGACAGCCCAGGGUUAUCGGUGAUGGGAUGGUCUAAGUGUUAUUUCCCUGUCAGCCCACAUCAGCCAUAGCCCUGUGUACCUGAGUUUCAUAAACAGGUUCACUGCCUUAGCAUAGUUCUUAGUGAACAAUUGUCCCUGCUGUAAAAAUAAGCAGUAAAACUGACUCCGUUUGGUCUCUGUAAAAGAUCAGGAGGAUAUACUGAUCGUGGAAAUGGGACAGCUUUUUUUUUCCUAGAGAGGAGCCUGCAUCAUUUGACAUAAGCUACUUGGAGGAGGGCAGAGGGCAGCCUGGACAAUACAGAGAAAAGAUGGAACCAGUGGCCCUAACUAAUGUCCUGCAGCUGCAAGAGAACUGUGGACUCAGAGAGGAAAAUCAAGCGCCUUUUGGAAAUAUUGUGUGGAUAGGGAGAAAGAGAAAAUAUUGUAAAUGGGUCUGUUGUUGAGUAAUGGAACCUGUUAUGUCACUGAACAUACUAAAAAGCAUUUGUUUUGAGUGUUGUUAAUUAAGAUGAGAGUAUAGAGAGUAUUCAAAUAUGAAACUGCAAUGUCCUCAGGUUCUGUAAAUGUAUAUGAGAUACCAAAGUCUGGUACAACAGCUCCCACUCAAAUUGUGUGUAAAAUAUGUGUAUAGUUUCAAUAAAAUGUGAGCGUGGAGAGAACCGUGCCUUUA